AUGGACUGGGACCAGGGUGAUGCUGUGAACAUCCUCACGCCUCAACAGCGUGGCAGGCUGCUUCACGGGGGCAGUAACCUGGUCUGGCUGACUUUCAUGCAAUCAGCAGGCAAAGGAAAUGAAAGCCAGGGCUGGGAAGGUUUAGGACUGAGAGAGGUUCCUGUACUACUUGUCACAACAGAAAUCCUCAAUUUCAGCUUCAAUGUGCUCCGUUCCCUCCAGAAUUCAACCUUCUCAGACCUGAAUUCUCUGCUCUCCCUGGACUUAACAAGGUAUCAGAUCAGCUGGGUGUAUGAUGGUGCCUUUCACAGCAAGAGGCAGCUGAAGCCAGUCAUGCUGACCAGAAACCUGCUCAUGUUUCUGUCUGACACAGCAUUUGCUGGCCCACAUUCCCUGGACUUGUUGACACAGACAGGAAUAACAGGUAUCUUCUUUAUUCCAGUGUCAAAUCUUGAUGGAUUAGGUAUCUUAAUCUUGGGCAGCAACCAUAUCUCUGCACUGCAGCUUCCUCAUUUUCAAAUGAACAACAUACAAGCAAUCACAGCAGGAGAGGUCCAAGCUCUGCAGAACACCACCCAUGUAACCCUCAUCCUUAAAGGCAACGACAUUACACACACUGAACCUGGAUCUUUUCAGUCCCAUUUCCACAGCUGGGCAGUGCUGACAUCCCUGGGUCCUGGAGGGGAUACAGAACUCCACAGCCCAGGCUCUUCGGCUGACAAAUUUCAGUGCUUAACCAGGCUCCAAAAGCUGGGCCUAACCCAAACUCACAUCCAUGCACUGCCCCUGGCUCAGUGCCUGAGCUUGCUAGAGGAGAUGGUUUUCAAUGCAAGCUGCUUUGAGUACCUCUGCAGCACCAGCUCUGCUGCCUUCCCCUCCCUCACCUGCCUCCACGUCAAGGGUAACUCAAAGGUUCUGCAGCCAUGCUUUGGCUGUUUGGGCAAACUGGCAAAGCUUCAAUAUCUGGAUUUAAGUCACACUGAGUGUUCUGACUGCUCUAGCAAAGCACUGUGAGCUUGGAGCAGACUUUGUUACCUAAAUCUGAGCCACAACACACACCUUCAUCUCCAGGACACGCUCAUUUACAGCAGUGCUAGCCUAGAGCUGCUGGUACUUUUCACUCCUCUCCAUAUCAACACUUCACAGACCCCUUUCCAAAAUCUGCAUGUCUAGCAAGUGCUGAAUCUUUCCUCAUCCCACAUUAAUACUAGCAUUCAGUAUCUCUUUCAAGGCUUGAAAAACGUCAUGUUCUUGGACCUUAGUCAAAAUAAUGAGUUGGAGAUCAUGCCAAAGGACAAACUAUUCCAACAGCUAUCCAAUGUAGAGGUGCUAAUAUUAUCAUCCUGUGAACUGACUGCAAGAGGUAACCAAGUAUUUCACAACCUCAGGAAGUUACAGCAUGUUGAUCUGAGUUACAACAAAUCGACUGCAUUCAGCACAGAUGCAUUUUCUAAUCUCAAGAGUAUCUAUCUCAACUGUGCCCAUGGCAUGAUCCGCGUUGUACCAGGUGGUCAGCCAGCACCCCUAGAUGACCACUGCAUAACCAAUUUCAGCUACAACCUCCUGGACUGCACCUGCUCUAAGAUUGCUUUAAUCACCUGGUAUAAACAACAUCUGGAUAAUACUGAAAACCUUGAAGGAACAAGAUGUUCUGAACCCAAAUUGCUAGCUGUUCAGUUGGCCACCAUUUCAGUCUCCUGUGGGAAGGACACAUCAGGAAUUACUGCAGUUGUCCUGGCUGUUUUAUCCUGUAGUGCCAUCUUCAUUUGGGAUGCUCAUUGUUUCAAGCAAAAUUACCAGCAACUCUAA